CCCGCCACGUUGACACGUUGACAGCUCUUCGUUAGUGUUACAGCAGCAAAAAAUACGAAUCCGAAACCCUAAAACCGAAAUCAACAAUGGUAGCAUAGCAGACAGAAACAGAAGCAACACUGUGUAGAGGCAAUGGGAAAGAAGCAGAACGAGAGCCAGAAAACAGGGCUAGGCCGUGCCCUGGUGAGGCAGCACAACCACAUGAUCCAACAGAGCAAGGAAAAGUCCCGCUUCUACCGCAAGAAGGUUCUCGAAUCCUACACCGAAGUCUCCGACAUCGACGCCAUCAUCGAGCAAUCCAACGAGCCCCUCCCCGCCGCCUCCACCACCCUCAUAAGCCUGGACUCUGCCUCCGUUCCCAUCGAAGCGACGCCGGAAGAAACGAGGAAGCAGCAGAAGCGAGAGGAGGCGCUCCACGCCGCCAGCCUCCGAGUCCCCCGCCGCCCGCCGUGGACCCCCCACAUGUCCGCCGACGAGCUUCAUGAAAGCGAAACGCAGGCUUUUCUGGUUUGGCGUCGCAACUUAGCGAGGCUUGAGGAGAAUAAGAAGCUUGUACUUACUCCGUUUGAGAAGAAUCUUGACAUUUGGAGACAGCUCUGGCGGGUUGUUGAGCGAAGUGAUCUGCUUGUUAUGGUUGUUGAUUCGCGAGAUCCACUGUUCUAUCGAUGUCCAGACCUUGAGGCUUAUGCACGAGAGGUUGAUGAGCACAAACGCACAUUGCUUUUGGUUAACAAGGCCGAUCUUUUACCUGCUUCUAUCAGAGAGAAAUGGGCAGAAUAUUUUCGUGCCAAUGAUAUUCUCUUUAUCUUCUGGUCGGCUAAAGCUGCUACUGCAGCUCUGGAAGGCAGAAAGCUUGGUUCAUCAUGGGUGGAUGAUAACAUGGGGAGAACUAAUAACCCAGACACAAAGAUAUAUGGAAGAGAUGAGCUUUUGUCCCGCUUGCAAUCAGAGGCAGAAGAGAUAGUUGACAGAAGGAGAAAUUCAGGCUCCUCUGAUGCAGGAUCAUCUAACAUUAAAUCUGCCGUUGAAAAUACUGCUGGUAGUUCGUCAUCUAAUCACGUAAUUGUGGGAUUUGUUGGAUACCCUAAUGUGGGGAAAAGUUCAACCAUUAAUGCUCUGGUUGGUCAAAAACGGACUGGUGUCACCUCUACUCCGGGGAAAACAAAGCACUUUCAGACAUUAAUUAUCUCUGAUAAGCUCACCCUUUGUGAUUGUCCCGGAUUAGUGUUUCCAUCCUUCUCAAGCUCAAGGUAUGAGAUGAUUGCUUGUGGGGUGUUGCCUAUUGAUAGGAUGACUGAACACAGGGAAUCUGUCCAAGUUGUUGCUGAUAGAGUGCCGAGACAUGUCAUCGAGGAGAUUUAUAAGAUAAGGCUUCCUAAACCUAAGCCAUAUGAGUCCCAAUCCCGCCCCCCUCUGGCAUCUGAGCUCUUGAGAGCAUAUUGUGCUUCUCGUGGGUAUGUUGCCUCUAGUGGACUCCCUGAUGAAACAAGAGCUUCCCGUCAGAUAUUGAAAGAUUACAUUGAUGGGAAGCUGCCGCACUAUGAAAUGCCUCCUGGAGCAUCAGACGAGGAACAAGAUUUGGUAGAUCCCACUGGACAUGACUCAGUUGACUUGGAUGCAUCAGAUUCAUCUGAUAUUGAAGAUUCUUCAGAUGUUGAGAGUGAACUUGCACCAAAUCUUGAACAUGUAUUGGAUGACCUCAAUUCAUUUGACAUGGCUAAUGGACUUGCUCCAAAAAAUAUUGCUGUUAAGAAGUCUAAGGCAUCUCAUAAGCACCAUAAAAAGCCCCAGAGGAAAAAAGAUCGUUCUUGGAGAGCAGGAAAAGAAGAUGCUGAUGGGAUGCCGGUUGCAAGGUUCUUUCAGAAACCAGCUAAUACAGGUCCUUUGAAGGUUGGGUAAGGUCACUUGUACAACAGCUUGUGUGUUAAACCCACAUGUACAUUGUUAAUCUGAGGUUAUCUAUAAAUGAUGCUUGUUUGUGAGGCAUUGCGGAAAUAGAUGACGCGACCAGUUCAACAGAAGCUCUCCCCGCAACAGGGUAGCAAUGUUUGGGAAAAAGAUUAUUGUGUAUUCACGACGUUGAGUUAUGGUUCUUAUUAAUGAGUUGAAAUUGAUGUCAUAGGACUGGAAAAUUAGGUACUAAAAUUGGUCAGAGUUGAGAGCAUUUGUGUGUUUUUCUUGCUCUAUUUUUGUGUAAGACGAGGCUAGGCUGAAUUUUGCCCCAUAAAUGAGAGAGAAGCAAAGCAAAACGAUUGAUUGAAAUUUCUUAAUUGUAGAUAUUGACUGGAGAAUUUGAGGCUAGUCUUUGACGGUUGGUAGAGAGGAAAACGUCGUCAUAUUUCAUAUAUGAAAUUGUUGAUACUUGAGAUUGCAA